UUGUUUACCCGGAAAUAACGAUAUCGUGCUGAUCCUGAUACGUUCGCUUUCUCGUAGCGCAGUUUUUAUAUAAUCAUUAAGUGACAUUCUUCAAUGUUUUGAUAACAAAUAGACUGAAUGUAUAGCGGACUUCUGCCCAAAGGUUUCACUGAAUCCGAUCUCAGCUCAGAUGCCGAGGAGGUUGGACAGUGUGAGGAGGAGCAAGGGAAUAAAUCGAAUAGUUCUACUGAAAAUGUGAGGGGCAUAGCAGGACAGAGUACUCUGACAGCGGUUGAAGUAGACUCAUCUCAAACUCCUGCUGAUCCACAGCAGGACAAAGAACCCCCGACAGACAUUCUACCUGGGAUUUCCCAGGAAAUGUGGCAAAAAUUCAAAGAGCUACAGAAGAAGAAAGAUGAACUCCAAACGUGUCAGAAGGUGCCCAGAAGGAGACGCAAAAGAAAACACAAAAAAGGAACAAGCAAUGAAGUCACAACAAAAGAGGGGGAGCAUGGAGGCGGCUUGGGGAAGCAGUGGGACGGGCUUCAGCAGUACUUUGGUGUAAAUGAUAGGUUCCAGCCCCCUGCGUCCAGCACAGCUGACCUUCAGUCCGGCCUAGAGAAGAGGAUGGAGCUAGCCAUCGCUGAAGGGGACUUCGCGGGUGCGGAGGAGAUGAGCGACAGCCUCGCCACUCGAGAGUUGGCCGUGAAAAUCACGCAAGCCGCCGAUUGUCGAGACUACGUGCAACACAAGCAAGAGGAGGAGGCCUCGCGAGCGGCCCAGAAGCGGAAGGCGGUCGCCUGGGGGUUCGAGGCCAAGAAGAGAUGGGAAACCAAGAGCAACAUGGGUUACAUGUAACCCACCCUGAGCUGACCAGGAGCCCAGACCCUACGGUACCCCCAGACGGCGCUGCCUCCAGAAUAUGUUUUACAUGUCGGUAUAAUGGCUAGCAGAUGAGGCGUCUUUGUCACCCUGGUUUGGAUUUUGCCAAUGGACUCCGGCAAACCGUCAAGGGGUGAAAGUUGCCCGAUUAGCGGCAAAAAUGUCCAUCAAAAGCGUUUUGGGGGAAAGAAAUGUACUGAGCAUUUAAAUUAACUCCUCGGGGCCCUCUUUGGUGACAGCGCCGUGUGUGUGUGUGUGUGUGCGUGUGCGUGCGUGCGUGCGCGCGCGCGAUUUCUAUUUCAUUUGGUUUCUCGUGAUUCAAGUAUUCCGGCUUUUCCCUUUUUUCCCGCCUUGAAUUAAAUCUGGUGUACAUUACCGCAUGAUGCGUUUAUUUAUUGCUGUAAAGUGGGUUAAUCAUGAAGGCGCUCCUCCUUUAUACGGAGGAAGAGAAAGGCAAGAUUAGGGCCCUAAUGCAAUGUACAGAAUAAUGUGCGAGAGGAUUUGUGAGCACAAAAUGAAAUUUGGCCGCUCUAAACUGUUGUGAGCGGUCGUAAACUGAAACUUGAGUGAAUAGUGGAGGAGGGGGGGAAACACACGAGACAUGAAUCAGAGGCUUUGCUUUUGGCCGUCGCCCAUGCUGCGAGGGAAGCCAUUGUUUCUUAGUCCAAACAUGAGUUUAUCCGAGCCUACGCAAGCCACUCACCACGCAUGCCACCAGUCCCCGCGUCAUGUAGACGCUAGGUUGGUGUGCCGUGAUGCACUUUGAUCAGGUUUUUUUAUUAUUUGUUAUUUUUGUACGAGACACUUGCCUCUCCCGAACCCCCUAUACUUGUGAAAUGUGUGUGUGUGUGUGUGUGUGUGUGUGUGUGUGUGUUUCCUCUCAUUCAGAUUCCAGGACAUGUUAACAUAAUUGCAAACGGAGUGCCAAAAAUGCAAGAAUGAUAAUUACUUUUAUUCAAAGCAACGUAAUUUCACUCAGCCAUGGAAAAUGAUUGCUUUGCUUCAAGGUAAUGAGAAUUAAAAUGAUUCCAACUAA